UAGCUUGACACUAUUAAUCACUGCGUCUCUAUACUCAUUCCUCACUCACUUGAGUCAAAUUCAAACGAAAACGAAACUCGCUCGCGCUCAUAGUUAGUUGAACCACACUGCAAAAAAUGGCGGGGCGCAAGCACGCACCCUCCUCCUUCACGCGCCUCGACGAGACGCGCCUUGCGCAUUCCUCCUCCUCUGCCGCCGUGGUCCGCGCCCUCGAGGAGCGCGUCGAGGUGUGCCACCGCGAGAUCCAGGCCUUGCUCUCCGACAACCAGCGUCUCGCCGGCAUCCACGUGGCGCUCAAGCAGGACCUCGCCGCCACUCAGGAGGAGCUCCGCCGCCUCUCCGCCGCCGCCGCCGAGAUCAAGGCCGAGCGCGACGCCGAGGUGCGCGAGAUCUACGAGAAGUCGCUGAAGGUCGACGCCGAGGUCCGCGCCGUCGCCGCCAUCAGCGCCGAGCUGGAUCGCGUGCGGACGGACGUGCAGGAGCUCGCGGCGGAGCGGAAUGAGCUCGCGGCGCAGCUGCAUGCCGUGGAGAGCGAGCUUGCAAAGGCGCGCGCGGAGGCGCUGUUUGUGCCGGCGAUUAAAGCAGAUAUAGAGACCAUGCGCCAUGAGAUUCAACGAGGAAGGAAUGCUAUUGAGUUUGAGAAGAAGACACAUGCUAGUAACCUUGAGCACAGACGGACUAUGGAUAAUAAUAUGAUUAUUAUGGACCACGAGGUUGAAAAGUUACGUGCUGAGUUGGCCAAUGAAGAAAAAAGGGCUAGGGCUGCGAUGGCUGCUGAUACAAAACCAAGUCCUGGAUAUCCUGCUAACUAUGACAAUCCUGAGAUGGGAUAUGGAGGAACCACAUGCCCUCCUGAUUCUUAUAGCACGCAUCAGAUGCAAGCUGUGGUUGACACACAUUCUCCACAUGAAGCUGGAGCACCAUUACAUCAUCCGAAUGACCUGCAACAUACACAAGUGCCUAGAAACUUAUUCAAUAAUAGGGCAUAUAGUUUUGCUGAUAUAUGAAAAUGGUUAUAAAUUUUUAAGCUUGUAUACAUUUUCAGGUAGUCUGCGCAGGUUCACUUUAAUUCUUUCGUGAGACCUGUUCAAAUUCCGAAGGCUAGUUUUUGUUUCGUAAAAGCGUAAAAAGUUUCUUAGAUU